AUGAAAGGGAACAAGAAUGCCAUCUGCGAACCUGCUUCGGGUGAAAUGUCUUGCAAACCCGGGGUGAGCGGAGCAGCGUUCUCACUGCUGCUGGGGGGCAUCGGUAACGCCGACUACGACGGGAAGUGCGUGUUCUGCAGGAUCGCCCGCCGCGAGGAGUCGGGCACGGCGCUGCUGCCCUCCCAGUACGAAGACCUGGUUUGCUUCAGGGACAUCCGUCCCAGCGCCCCCCACCACUACCUGGUGGUGCCGGUGGAGCACAUGGGGAACUGCAAAACGCUGAAGGCAGAGCACGUCCCUCUAGUGAAGAGAAUGAUGGAAGUUGGAAAAGCUGUCCUCCAGAAAAAUAAUUUUAAUGACUUGAACGAUAUAAGAAUGGGUUUCCACUGGCCUCCAUUCUGCUCAAUAUCCCACUUGCACCUCCAUGUCCUGGCCCCCGCCAGCCAGCUGGGAUUCCUCUCCAGGCUCGUCUACAGGCUCAACUCCUACUGGUUUAUCACGGCGGAACAGCUGAUCGAGCGCCUGCAAAAGGACAGUGCUGCCAGUUAAAGCACUGGGAGCCUGUGUCACCGGCCGGUCUGGUCCGUGUCUUUGAACUCUCAUUUAAGGCUGCACGGUUUCAUGCUGCCAAUAACCAGGAUAAAAAAAGCUUUAGUUCCUUGUGAGGAAAUACAUGCAGAAUUUGUAGUUGCCAACCAAAUUCUCCCAUUUGGGUACUUCAGUCUGUACACUUCUCUGACAAUAAGGCGAUGUAUUUAAUUAUAAUUUUUAUUUGUGUAUAUAUACAUAUGUCAUACAUACACACAGAGCACUUUUCCUAGCGAAAGGCAGGGUGUAGCAGCAGAAUCUAGUACAACUAAGGCAGCAAGUCACUACUAACAGCAGGUACGUGGUACCAAAGGGAAUGUUUGUUGCAGAAUCAAGCUGUUCUGUCAAAGAUGCGUUGUUCUGGGAUUGCGAGUAACAUCUAAAACAUGUUAGUUUCCACCUGUAUUUGUAUGAUGUGUUACUUAAGCCUGGUUAUGAGUAGGCACAUUGCUGAAAAUACACUACUGUCUUUCUGGUGCUAAACCACUUUAAUGUAUUACCUGUCUUAUUUGCAUGACAGUGACAUAGUAAGUGUUAAUACGAUAGGUGCCUAAGAUGUGAUAAUGCUGUAUAACAUAGAAUAUAGUUUAAAUGUACGUGUAAGUGGUUGUAUGUUGGACUUAAAGAUUUUUUUUUUCUCCCUUAUGUACACAGUAUGUCAAGUUAGUUACUCUAUGCUUACAAAGAUGUGAAGAGUUCAGAGGAAUUGAUUUAAUAUAUCACUCUUCUGUACGAUGAUAGAAAAAAGUAUCCAAAUUUUUAGAUGUUCUGAUACUGAUCUCACUGGAAGUGCCUUGGAGAUUACUAAUGCCUUGGCUGAAUCAGAUUUCCAAAUGAAGUCACAAGAGAAAGGUCUGUAGUGCAGUGAGCGUGUGGCAGGCUGGUAUAACUGCAAUCGGAUUGGAAUUUGGGAUAGCAGGGACUUUGCCCAAAACUGGGCCAUGUGGGGUGGUUUGAGGAACCUGCUGACUGCUGGCCUUUGCUGCGUGGUGGAGUCAGUGGUGCCGGCGCUCUGCGCUCCAGGGCCUUAUUAAGGCAGAGUCCAGAAAACAUGGAGUGCAAGUUCUCCCCUCGCAUUCUUGGUGCCCAGCUCACUGCCUGUCUGUGGCCGAUGCCUUUGGGUGCAGCUGAGGUGACGAUGGUCUGUGGCACCCCCAGGCUUCCCUCAACGCAAUCCUCUCAGCACCUCUUGCCUUAGUGAUACAAUGAAUUGUCAUAUUCUUACAGUAAACUUUAAUAACACUUCAGAAAGUUCACACCUUUCUGAGGAGCAACGUUUUCUACCCACAAAAGUUGACACCUCUCUUUUCUCACAAUGUCUUGUUGUUAUUAGUGCUUGCGUGUCAUUUGUGGUCCUUUGGGGGUUUAAUCUCUAAGGUUAGGUAGGAAGAGCGUGAAUUAAAGCACUGAACUUUGGCUGCUUCUGUGCAAUAUUCGGGGAGGUCUGCGCUGGCCCCGGCCUUGUGGAACGUCCCAACAGUAAGUCUUUCAAGAGUCAAUGCUGUGUGUGUGUUCUGAUUUGUAAUUAAUUUAUGUAACUGUACUUAACUGUGACAUGUAAUAUUUAAAGUACCAACACGAACUGCUGUCAAAAAGGAUUAAUGAACAGAAUAAAUGCUAAUCCUGGAAUGA